AUGGAGAAACCUGUAAGGUUUCAAGAAUAUGAUUUAUUGGAACGUCGCAACAAGAGAAGAGAGACCAAUGAUCCUGAAGUUGAAGAGUAUUUUAAAGCCAAAGAAUUGUUUAAAAAAGGGCUUGAGGUUGCAUCUAAAAUUCCCGAUAAAUCUGAUAAAGAAACUUUAAGAGCUCAUGAAAACGAAAUUUUGGAGUCGACCAAAUUUCUGAUGGUAGAGGCACAAAAGUCGGAAAAUCUUAAUCCAUCUCAGGAUGGUCAUGAUAAUAUUGAGCCAGAAUUCACACGAGAGUCGCUUAUACUGGUCAUUUGGCUCCUUUUCAAUGGUAAACAAUACCCGUUCUGUAUUCAGACCCUGUCAAUAGCUCUCAUCCAACUAGAACCGAAACUUCAUCCUCGUCUUCUCCAUCUUCGUGCUUCGUGUUACCUAGCCACCGACGAUUUCAAAAAUUGUAUCAAAGAUCUUGAACGUUUAAUAUCACUCAACCCCAAUUUUGUUGAUGCUUAUAGCAUUCAAGGUUCUAUACAAAUGUCACACGGUGAUCGUACGGAUGCUGAACGUAAUUUUAAAACUUACAUUUGGAAGGCUAAUAAAGAUUCAACUUCUUAUUCACACGCUCUUUAUGCUCUAUCCGUGCUGGCUGGCCAAAGUGCAACUAGCCCAGCAACGGGAAAUCGAAAUCAGGUUAAGCAAAAUUUGCGUAAUCAACAAGCUCUUAAUUACUACAAAAAGGCUAAGGAAGCGGAAGAAAGAUAUAAAUAUCUUUACGGACGAAUUCCUGACAUUACUGAAGUUAAGCUUACUGCGAUAGCUUUGUUUGAACAAAAAGGAAGCAAAGAAAUUAAAGUUGAAAAGGAUUCAAAGAAGGAAGCUGAGAGAUUGGCCCCAAUUUUUCAGAAAUUACUUGCAUUGCCUCCUAAUGGUGAACAACAGAAGAGAUGCAAGACUUGUGGUAGUCAAACACGUAAAUAUGUAAGUGAAGAAUUGGAAUCAGAAAAGAAACAUAAAUUGUUGAUUUGUGCCGGAUGUUCAGUUGUAAAUUACUGUUCCAAGGAUUGUCAAAAAAAGGAUUGGAAGAACGGACAUAAAAAAAAUUGUGCUCCUGUAAAGAACAGUUAA